UUUCCACAAUGUUUCGAUAGCCGGCCGGCGGCGCGGUGAGUUUACUUCGGGUCAGUUAACGCUAGGUGGGCGUCUGCGACGGUACACUUUACUAAGUUUCGUUUCAGACAGUUAUGACUAUCGACCUGUACUACACACCGGGGUCGGCUCCGUGCCGCGCCGUGCUACUGGUGGUGGCCGCUCUCAACAUCGACGUCAACCACAAUCUGGUUGACCUCAGAGCUGGGGAUCAAUUGAAGCCGGACUUCUUAAAGUUAAAUCCUCAACACACUGUACCAACGAUUGUAGACGAUGGUUUCUCUCUGUGGGAGUCGCGCGCCAUCGGCCGUUACCUGGCAAACCAAUAUGGCGGCGACAGCUCGCUGUAUCCUAAAGACCCUAAAGCCAGGGCAGUAGUGGACCAGAGACUUGACUUCGAUUUGGGGUCACUAUACCCGAAAUUCGCUCAGUAUUUCUAUCCUCAAGUCUUCGGUGGUCAGCCCGCUAACGAGGAGCAUCUGAAGCAACUCCAGGGCAGUCUGAACUUCUUCAAUACGUUCCUGGAGGGGAGCAAGUUCGCGGCGGGCGAGGAGCUGACCUUGGCCGACCUCAGCCUGGUGGCCACCGUCUCUACCAUCGACUUAGCCGGCAUCAGCAUUGCGGAUUACCCUAAUGUUGUUAGAUGGUUCGAACUAGUGAAGAAAACUGCGCCUAACUACGAAGAAGCCAACGGCAAAGGUCUGAAGAUAUUCAAAGCUAUGAUAGACAGCCUCAAGCCUAAAACUGAACUUUAAUUAUCCUUUGUACUUAUGAUGUAAGAAUGUAUACUCUAUUUUUUUAAUAAAAUAACAUACAAUUUAA